AUGCCUUUAACCGUUCUACGACCGACCAUAGCCGACGUGGUAAGUGACGCACAACUUCUCAAAGCCGUCGACAUUCUAAAAGAAAAGACAUCGGCGUCUGCUUACUCGUUGGCAAGUGUGCUGAGUGUUGUCAAGUACGUGCUUAACCAACCCUAUUUCCCGGAAACCGUGUUCGGAAACAAAAAGACUGUCGCCUUCGACUUUAGGGGACAAAAUUACAUUGUCGAAUUCACAGCAUGCAAGAGCCCUAACGAAAUCAAUGCAACGCCCAUGGACGUUGAUUCACGUCUCGGAAACAAUGGCCUAAACAACCAUGUUUCGCACGCUUUGUCCACCUCCUCCCCCACCUCCACUUCCUCUCAAAUAUUACAACCUACCAUCGCCGAUACCCUCGGCGAUACCAAAACCCUCGCGCUCAUAGAAUUACUUCAACGAAAAAUCAAAGAAUCACCUAUUAAACUUGCCAGUUUGGUGUGCAUCGUUAAAGCCGUACUCGAUGAGGUGGGGUUGAAGGGUCGACUUUUUCAAAAUAAAAUAAAGUUCUAUUUUAAUCAGCAAGAGUACAUGAUAGAUUUUGACGAUCAACGUCGACACGAUGAUCUCGACCAUCAAGGGGUCGAGUUGAACGGGAGCAAUUCGAACAUUCCGCAACAAGAAUUAAACCUUUUCAAGAACUCGGAUGUUCAUCACGACGAGGAUGAGGACAUGAUGGACGAACUGGAGAAGGAUGAAAUUGUGGAGGAGCAUCCGCAAGACAACGAAUCGUGGCGCACGCACACUCCAACUGUUACCAAGAGAAAGCGUACCAGUGACAGCCCAAAUUCUGACGACGAUCACUGCGUCCAGCAGAGCACGUCCGCCAAGAGACGUUCCACGGACAAACACAAAGCACCCCCUUUGAGUUGUGAAGCUGUGAAACGACUCUUCACCACCAUCACCAAAACCACCUUACUCCAGAGGCUUGAAGAAUCGAAGGUAUUGAUUUCCGCCAUCAAGGAGAGUUACGCAAACAUUCGACCAUCCACAUCUACGAAAAUAAAUUCAUCCCCACGUCUGAAUCUCUUAUGCCAUCUUCUGCAAUCACCACCAACCUCUCGAAUCGACGGUAUCUCGUCCAAAGUUUUUUCGAACUUGGAACUUUACAAAUUAUUCACAACAUAUAACUCCUAUAAGGAAGAGGUGCUACAACACGACGCUCUAAGCUCACCCAACAAACGAAAUCAGACCUCACCUUCAUCCGACCAAACACCACAGAUAACCUUUCCGACGUACUCCUCGUUCAUCGACCCUACGGUCACCCUACACAUCAAGGAACAGACCGGGGGUAGAGAGGUCGGAAAGCAUCGUUUAAAUUGCGCGUGGAGACUUAGCAUACUAUGUGAAUUGCUGGGCAAGGGCGUGUUACUGAUGACCAAGGAGUUGAGUGGUGCAAAGUUGGAGAGGAUUCUUGUCGAGGAAUUUACCAAAUUGGUGGAGUUUCUGAAAAAUCCGGAAAAUCAUGACUGGGUUGCGAAUGUGAGGGAGAAGAUGGAGUUGUCUGGUUUCGAUGAGGUCUACAUACCUUUGGCUGAGGCGGACAUAGAUAAUAAUGAAGAUCAUGCAGAAAUGAAACCCAAUAUUGGGAUCAAUAGCAACGGUGGUCUUAUCACAUUUGCAAUCGAACCGAAUAUCUCCCAACACAACAUCUCAUCGCAAGUAGUUGAUCCGAGACUAGCCAUUCCUCCGGAGGAUGAGAUGAUGAAUCCCGGACAACAUUAUACGGAAGUCGAACAAAAGAGUGACGCUGUUUCAACUGUGAGGAAUGGACGCCCGAUCACCUUUAUCAAGGGUGGUGCCGUGCGGGCAGAGGGUCAGAAAUUCUGA